UUAGCAUGAAGGGAUGUCUGGAUGGAUGGAUGGAGGUCUGCACUUCAGAAAGUUCUAAAUGACCGCAAGGUGGCGACAGAACACAAGUUGUAUGGGUGUAGGACGUGGGCCCACCCCAAAAGGUGAGAGGAUGCUCAAGUAGAGUGCUGAACAGUUGGCAGUCAUUCAGACAGCAGUCCCUCUCCCGCAGGUCUGCCAAACACCUAACAGGACUUUCCUCUUUGAUUUCUUCUCUUUUCUGGGAGACUUCGAACUUUAGACCAGAUGGCCAAUUCUGGGCUUCAGCUUCUCGGAUAUAUUUUGGCUUUUUUAGGAUUUGUAGGUUUAAUAACCUCCACGACCAUGACGGAAUGGAAGAUGUCGUCUUAUGCCGGGGACAACAUCAUCACAGCACAGGCUGUGUACGAAGGACUGUGGCAGUCAUGUGUGUACCAGAGUACUGGUCAAUUACAGUGUAAAGUCUACGACUCAUUGCUACAACUGCCAAUGGAGAUACAGGCUGCCCGAGGCUUCAUGUUGUCAGGGAUCCUUCUGUGUGCCAUCGCCAUCCUGGUGGCUGCUGUGGGCAUGCAGUGCACUACGUGCCUGGCUGACAGCCCGGAGCUCAAAAACAAAGUGGCUCUGGGCGGAGGGGUGAUCUUCAUCAUCGCAGGUGUCUUAGCCUUUGUUGCCACUAUCUGGUACGGCGACAACAUCAGACGACAGUUCUUCAAUCCUUUUACCCCGACUAAUGGAAGGUAUGAGUUCGGCAAGGCCCUGUAUAUCGGCUGGGGAGCGUCCGCGCUGGCCGUUAUCGGGGGCAGUCUGCUGUGCUGUAACUGUGGAAGUAAAAGUUCUGGAGGUGGAGCAGCGCCACGUUACCCACCUGCCCGUACCAGCCAGCCCAACCCCUCUGCCAACUACGUCUAACACUCACUGACCAGUCCAGUGAAGAAACGGGUAUCAUCAGGAACAGCACUGCAGGGAAAAUGAGCUUAGCGGGACCUGGUUUCUCACCACUGUUGUCUAUUUUAACCCCUCAAACUCUGAGGGUCAGUAUGUCUGUCCACACUUCAACUGGUCAGUCUCACUACAUCUCAUCACGAGUCAAUAGUCAGGAACCACCUAAAUGUCUGUCAGAGGCUGUUAAUGUUGCUUAAUUGUGUUGGUCCAGUGGGUGUGUCUAGGACGCAGUUUACUCUCAGGGUCAUUUCUGGACAUCUGUUGGCCUUAAGCAACAUCACCACCCCAGUCAUAUCAUUCUGUAUUCAAGAACGAAAAGCAAAUUAAUAUUCCAUACAUUUUGAUCUCAAAAAG